CAAGCUCAAUAAUAUUAAAUCUUGACUUCUUCAAGAUCCUCAAAAGAGUCCAAGCUAGCUAGCUCCCGGCCAAGCUGGUCCGUUGCUGCAGCUAGACUCAGAAGAUCAAGCAAGCUGUGAGACAUCGUUUCAUCAUGGGAACCACUUCUGCGCUGGGGGCAACACUUCUUGACCCCCCCAACUCCGCAUGGACAGGUUGCUGUGUGUCUUGGAUGUCCUCCACUGUUGCUGCCUUUGUCUGCCCUGCUGUGGUAUUGAUGAUGCAACCUUGGUUCCCAGGAGCAUUAUCUUAUGCACUGCUAAAAAAUAUGGCUGUUCUGCGAAUGGCCAUCCAUUAUUUUGAUGGUAUAGCCAAAACAGCACGAUGGCUAUGAACGACGAUGCAGAUGAAUAAAUAGGAUAGGAGGGAUAAUGGCCUGCAGAAUCCAUCCAAGCUCUACUAAAACGGCCGCUGUCUAGCUCGACAGGUCGAAACCAGCCAGAUCUCCCAACAGCAAGAUUCGCAGCACACUCACUGGCUGGAGCGGGUCUAGUGCUUUUUGGUGGGUGCAGCAGGCUGUCGAUGUUGCUUGAUGACUUUUUGCCGCUGUGGAGUUCUUCUGUUACUAUUAUUCCCUUCUCUCUGCUCUCUCUUUCUCUCCUCUUUCUUUGUCUCUGCUGUCUCUCCCUUCCAAUUGUCACUCGCUUGAUCUUCUUCUUCUUCUUCUUCUUCGUCGUGUCUCUCGUUCUGUCGUAUAUAGCUUUUAAUACCAUCUCUUUCUUCCGUCUGCUCGUCAUUUCUGUCCUACAUAGCUCUCUAUCUACAGCAAUCUCCAUUAAAUUCCCAUACACACGCAAAUAUGCUGUUCCCCACUAUCCUCCUCGCUCUCUCCUCCAUCUCUGGCGUCGUUAACUCGCAGACCAUUGAUCCCAUGACCAUUCCCGUCUCUACAAGAAGUGCGUGGUGCCUCGACCAGGUUUCCUCCUGCCCAUUGAUCUGCUUGCAAGAAAGGGGAACAAAUGGUGAACCCAAGUCAAACGACUGUGACCCGGAAACCCUCACCUUCUCCUGCGUCUGCAGCUCCGGCCUCUCCCCCAAUGCCUCUGAAUUCUCCCAGACACUCCCCUACUAUAUAUGUACAGAAAUCAACAACCAAUGCGUCCGCAACUGCAACGGCAACUCCGGAUGCCAAACCUCCUGUCGCGAAGACAACCCCUGUGGCGCCCAGAGCCCCAGACGCGUCACCACCACCCCCUCGGCCACCAGCACAGGUGACGCCACUGGCACCGCUACCAAUGAUGUCGUCUAUACGGGCCUAGGUGAGGAUUCGGCUACGAGGCCCGGCAGUGGCGCUGCAGGACUUAGCGUUGCGCUGCAGGUUGGGCAGGUGUAUGCUGUUAGUGUUGUGGUGGCUGGGUUCCUCGUGGGGUUUUCGGUGUUGAUGUAAACUGAGAAAAAAAAAAAAAAGAAAAGAAAAGAAAGAAAGUGGGGGGGAGGCCCAGAGAGAGGGAUUGAUUCGUUCCGGGGGAUUAAAGAAAAUGGAAGACAAGCAGGAAAGAAACUUCGACUUUUUUAUCACGAAUCAAUACCAUGGUUCCCUUCUCCUCUCCCCUAUCUUCCUUUACUCUGUUCGGAAAGUCGGAAAGUACAUUUCGUACAUAUCAACCUCCCCACAUCACUACACAUGCGGCGUAUAUUUUUGUGGUCCGCUUUUUUCCUUCCAGCGUGCUUAUUUAUGUUUUAUUUUCUGUUUUUCCAAGCGCUGCGUUGUUGCUGGUUUCGAGCCUUCUUGAAGUAACCUACCUACCCCCUUUGUUUAUUCAUUUCUAGCAAAUGGUUUGCAACGUUUCAUAUACUACUUACUUGUUUUUGUUAUUCCACCUUGUCAACUAAUUAAUUAACCCACCUCCCUCUCCUCGCUCAUCCGUCGUACCCUGUCCCUUUUUAUAUUUUGUAUGUAUGUAUGGCUAUGGAUAAGUACGACUCAUCGCAUCCUUUAAUUAAUUAAUAAAUAGGUGAAUGAAGAGUCACAACUUGUCUAGGUGUGGCCGUCUACCCUCCAGGCACAAGAUCAUAUGCAGCUAAGAAAAUCUUCAGUCCGAUCUCUCAAGUCAUCAAUGCUGGAUGGCUUUUUGCACUUCGACAAGGUGUUAAAACCAGUCAGGAUUUUUCGCUUCGCAGGAACAUAUCACACCAGAAUUGGGGUCUCGUCCCUGGUUGGGUGGUGGGUAGUGGGGAGUUCACGAGCAGGUACUUUCUGUCUGUAAAGCAGCUCGUUGAAAGGGGGUAGUUUCUCCCCUGACUAUGACAUUUUGAACAGGUGAGAUGAAUUGGGCUUCGAUGUGGGAAUUGAGGUGCGGAAGGGAGAGGGGUAUUCCUGCUGUGUAGAGGGUGGGAGAAAGGAAGAAAUCAAUAGAAAAUAGGCUAUAAGAUCAUUGAGUGCUUAGGAUCAUAUUCAGUAAGUUCAUAUGAAGAGAGAAGAAUAACUAACUAGUUAGUUAAUAUUUGAUGACGUCAUUACCGAACAGACCCUGGGGGUCGAGAAGGGCUGACUAUACCCAAAAUAGGUAGUUAACUAGCGUAUAUAUAUGCUGUUAUACCUCAGAACCUUCUUAUCACGCUUCUCAGAACGACAGCUCAAUGAUAUGUUCUGUGUCCUGGCUUCAUAAACAGAAACUCGCUGGUUGGAGUCAAAUUGACUGAUCAUGAACCUUCUUGAAUCAACCUCAUUUUUGCUACAGACUAAAAACAAUGUCUGUUGUGUCCACGUCGGAGCGACCGCAUCUAUUGAAGUGCUGAGUUUCUGUGCAUUGAGCUUGAACAGAGGCAUGAAGAAGUUCAAAACUGCUGUGACUUACUCUUCUAUUAAAGGUCUGUUAUUUUAUUACUCAUAUUAAAUCAAUUCAUGGAUGAGACAUGAUGAAAUCCCUGCGCGACACACGAUGAUCUGAAUCCCCCAGCCUCUGACG